CCCUUUCCUGGCGCCGCCGCGGUCGCCUCUGCUAUCCGCAGAGCGUCUCCGUCCCGGAUCAGGCCCCGCCGCGCCGGGAGCAAAAGCAACACCCUGGCGCAGCGGCCGACGCCGACGUCGCCGCGGCUGGCGAAGGGGGCCGCCGCCCCCAACCGCCGCCUGGUCGGCGUGCACGGCGAGCCCAUGUCGUCGCCCCCGGGGCGCCGGGCCCGCCUGUCACCCCCCGGGACCAGCCGCCUGUCCUCGGAGGCCCGUGAGGAUCUGCGGCAACGUCUUUUGGGCCUCAUCGAGGGCAGCCGGGUGAUGAUCUUCAGCAAGAGCUACUGUCCGCACAGCACUCGGGUUAAAGAGUUCUUCUCUUCUUUGGGAAUUGAAUAUAAUAUUUUGGAACUUGAUCAGAUUGAUGAUGGGGCUAAGGUUCAGGAAGUGCUGUCAGAGAUCACUAAUCAGAAAACUGUGCCCAAUAUUUUUGUGAAUAAAGUACAUGUGGGUGGAUGUGACAGAACUCUUCAGGCACACCAGAGUGGUUUAUUACAGAAGCUCCUCCAGGAAGACGCAGCAUAUGAUUUUGAUCUCAUUGUCAUUGGUGGUGGUUCUGGUGGCCUUUCAUGUGCUAAGGAAGCUGCCAUUUUGGGAAAGAAAGUUUUGGUGCUAGACUUCGUAGUCCCUUCCCCUCAGGGCACGUCCUGGGGUCUUGGUGGUACUUGUGUAAACGUAGGCUGUAUUCCUAAGAAACUGAUGCAUCAGGCCGCCCUUUUGGGACAGGCAUUACGUGACUCAAGGAAAUUUGGCUGGGAUUAUAGUCAACAAGUCAAGCACAACUGGGAGACCAUGACAGAAGCAAUUCAAAACUACAUAGGCUCUUUAAAUUGGGGUUACAGGUUGUCUCUGAGGGAAAACUCUGUGACGUAUGUCAACUCCUAUGGAGAAUUUGUCGAACCUCAUAAAAUAAAGGCAACCAAUAGAAAAGGACAGGAAACUUAUUUUACUGCUGCAAAAUUUGUCAUAGCAACAGGUGAAAGGCCGCGAUACUUAGGAAUCCAAGGAGAUAAAGAGUACUGUAUUACUAGUGAUGACCUUUUUUCUCUGCCUUAUUGCCCUGGCAAAACGUUAGUAGUGGGUGCAUCUUACGUUGCCCUGGAAUGUGCAGGAUUCCUCGCUGGCAUUGGCUUAGAUGUCACUGUGAUGGUGCGCUCAGUCCUUCUCCGUGGCUUUGACCAAGAAAUGGCCGAGAGAGUGGGUUCUUACAUGGAACAACAUGGUGUUAAGUUCAUAAGAAAAUUUGUACCUGUGAUGGUUCAACAGUUGGAGAAAGGUUCACCUGGAAAGCUGAAAGUCGUGGCUAAGUCCACCGAAGGAUCAGAAACUAUUGAAGGAGUAUAUAACACAGUUUUGUUAGCAAUUGGUCGUGACUCCUGUACUAGGAAAAUUGGCUUGGAGAAGAUUGGUGUCAAAAUCAAUGAAAAGAGUGGCAAAAUUCUGGUUAACGAUGUAGAGCAAACCAGCGUGCCCCACGUCUAUGCCAUUGGGGAUAUUUUGGAGGGCAAACUCGAGCUCACGCCUGUAGCCAUACAGGCAGGCAAGCUGCUAGCACGAAGACUCUUUGGGGGCCGUUUAGAAAAGUGUGAUUACAUUAAUGUUCCAACUGUAGUGUUUACGCCUCUGGAAUAUGGUUGCUGUGGAUUAUCUGAAGAGAAAGCUAUGGAAGUAUAUAAAAAAGAGAAUCUAGAAGUCUAUCAUACUUUUUUCUGGCCUCUUGAAUGGACAGUAGCCGGCAGAGACAACAAUACUUGUUAUGCAAAGAUAAUCUGCAAUAAACUCGACAAUGAUCGGGUGAUAGGAUUUCAUGUUCUUGGACCUAAUGCUGGCGAGAUCACCCAGGGAUUUGCAGUUGCCAUGAAAUGUGGGCUAACAAAACAGCUGCUGGAUAACACUAUUGGAAUUCACCCCACAUGCGGGGAGGUAUUCACAACUUUGGAAAUCACCAAGUCAUCAGGACUAGAUAUCACCCAGAAAGGCUGCUGAGGUUAGAUCCUGCUGCUUUCUAGUUUUCCUUGUCAUAUUCACAUUUCUUUUGAAGAUUGGAAAAAUAAACCUGUGGUCAUCACACCUGCCAUGUUGUGGCAGGGCCCGGUGCAUGGAUUUUCUUCCCAGCCCGGAGAGAUGAGAAUGUUGACAAGGAAGGCUGUUAAGCAGCAGGGUGAACUCUGUCUCGGUGAACUCGCCUGACUUGGAGAAGCAGUUAGACUGCUUGCUUGACGUCUUAGCUCGGAACCCCAGCGUGAGGUGAGCUCAGACCGACUCUCUUGAAGUCAGAAUACUCUUUUUUAAAUUUAGGAAUUGAGCUUCCUUCUGAAAGACCUUUUCAUUGCACAGUGAAUCUAAGUUGCUAGCAUUUUUUUUUUUUAUCUCCUUGCUUUGUUGUUUCUAUGAAAAUAUUUCUUUCAGUUACAAAGCUGACCAUACAAGUGCAUUCCUCCAAUGUGUGGGCCUAGAGUCCCCACGUGGUCUCUGGCAAAUGUGGCUCCAUCUGUGAAAAUGCAAUUGGAUUAGCCACUGCAGAGGACCAGGCAGCACUUGUAGAAAGUGGCACAUAACUGUGCAGAUUUUAAUCAGCAGUGUUCUCUGUUAAAUGCCUUUUAACCCACUGUCAGAAGCCUGACUCAUGCUUCAUCCUCCUGUCAUUUCUUGUUGGUGACAACCUUGAAAUCGUUCUUCUCUUAUUCUUGAUAGUAGACUUAGUAAAGUAGCUCAUGUAAGAAAACAAUGCUUGAAUUUCUUUUUCAUGUUGUUCUUAAGAGUAAUAAUAUUAAAAAUAUUUCAAUACUGUAUUAUGUGCAAUCUAAGUAAUUUAAAACAGAUUAAAAUUAUUCAACCCACAAUCUAUUCAAUGUUAGUCCAUUAAGAUAUUAAGAGGUUACAUGUGACUUCACAGAUAUUUUGGGAUCUAAAAGACCCUUGAAGAGGGAGGCCUAUCCAGGGUCCUCUUGGGAAACCUCUUGUUUUCUUGAGGAACACACUACACAGCAGCCCCAUUCUAGACUCUUUGAGGCAGCCACUUGCUUUCUUGAGCAGUGGUUGCCAUUUUGCCCAGUAUCACAGGAUUGAUCAGAACUCCUACGUUUUGAAAGAAAGUCUUAAACUUUUAAAACUAUGGAACACCAUCGUAGACACACAUUUUAUUACUCUCUCUGGAGGCAGGGAGUGGAGCAGGGAUGGAAAGAGGAAGGGAACCCCCAAGAUAACUAACACAGCGCUCCAGUUAGUGAUUUGUUCUUGUUAUUGGAGAGAGAAAAAUACAAACGUAACUGUCUAAAAAGUAAGGCAGGGUGUAAUGAUUGCUGUAACUGAGGUAGAAACAGUGCAGCAGGAAACAGAAAGAUGUUAUUAAUUACCACUGGAUGUGGGGUGGAGGUGGGGUAACUGCAAAUGGAAGCAGCUACUUUUGAGCUGAAUUGUGAAGGAUGAUAGGAUUUCACAAAUAAGAAGCAAUGUGGAGAGUGAACAAACACACACACACACACACACACACACACACACACACACACACACACACACACACACACACACACACACACACACACACACACACACCCUUAUACCUCUGAGGAUUUCCAAAACCCCAAGAUGAAGUGAAACCAGGAAUCCUGCAAGCCUUGACAUUCUGCUUUGCACAGAGCAUGGCAGAAAGAAGUCUAAAGCCCAGGCUUGCUCAACCUGGAGUUUCUAUAGGAAACGUUUCCCCAUGUAAAGCUGAGACCCCAAUACCCUGAGUGGAAGGGUGAAUGAAAAACAAACUCUACCUUACAGAAAGGAACAGCAAUGAAACUUGCCUGCUUUCUCACUGGCAUGGGUGGGCGGAAAUAAACUACCCAAAGAAUUUGUAACCACUAUCCAGGUUACCAAUCACUGGAAAGGCUAAUUGUCUUCCCUUUGAAGGAGGAUAGAAGGCUUAGCUAUAAACCUAUCUGUAACUUUCCGUAUCUGUACCUGGCUCCCUUUUGCUUUUCUUUCCCCUCCUUUGCUGUUUCUUUCUCCUCCUUCCUCUUCUCUCCUUUCUUGGGGUAAAUUUGGGUCCUUUAUAAUGGUGGGAGAUACACUUAACCUGGAAGUUAAAACUUGUGUGCAUCUAAUAACAUACAGAUGUAUGGAAAAAUUGACAUCUUCCAGUACAGUGGAGAUUUUAAUAUACCUCAAUAAUUUAUUGGAUCAAAUGGCAGAAAAAUAUCAGUAAAGAUAAUAGAUUUUAAUAACACAGUUAAUAAACUUGAUUAAUGAACUUAAUGUAGAAGACUGCACCCAACAUGAAAACAUACUCAUUUCAAACACACAGUGAGUAUUUAUGGAAUUUCCAUGUCCUAAGCCAAAGGCUGGGCUCAACAAAUGUCAAAAGAUUGGUCUCAUAUAGGGAGAGGGGACAAGUAUUUCAGCUGUGGGAACCCAACAGCCUUAAAAUGCAUCAAGUAUGGUAGAAAGUGGGAUCUAGGGGUAAUUGAGGUGAGUGAAGGGUUACUGGGAGAUCAAGCUGGACAGGGAGGUUUGAAUCAGUUCACAGAAAGCAGAGAACUGUGGAAAGAUCCUAGGCUUUGCAGAAUGAUAAACACAGUCUUAACUAGAUGUGACAGUAAAUUGCUUAAUGUUUCCUGUUCUUCAUUUAUUAAAUAUGGAUAGUUUUGCCUAUCUCACAGUCUUUUAAGAACUGAAUGACGUUUAUUCAGUUCCCAACAUACCAUAGCACACUGAUGUAGCAUCUUGGUUUCCAUGGUGAUGAGCAGGAGCCCUAUAAAGCAAGCCCUUAUGGAUACCUAACAAUAUUUCAAUAGAUAGGCAGAUGGGGAGAUUAUUGGCAAGCCAAUCCUUUGGUAGACUUUGGCUACGGGAGGCAGCAUCCAUGUUGGAUCCCUACCUCCUGGUUGACACAUCCUUGUGUAGGCUCCUCUCACAUUUUAGCAGUGUUGACCUGUGCACAUAGCAGAAGUGAUGGUAUUAGGUUAUAAGAGGACUGAAACUUGAGUUUUGGCCACUCUUGUGAACGCUCUCUUGGAUUACUUGCUUUGGGAGAAGGCAGCCCACGCAGGAAGUCCGUGGAAGGCCCAUGUGUGAAGACCUGAGGUUUCCAGCCAACAAGAAGUUGAUACCUGCCAACAACCAGCCAAGCCUUCAGAUGAGGUUACGACCCCUGCCAGCAGCUGGACUGCAACUUCUUGAGAGACUGGACCAGAGCUGCCCAGUUAGGCCACUCCCAGGUUCUCACCCCUCAGAAAGUGUGAGAUGAUAAAUGUUUAUUGUUUUAAGCUACUACAUUUUAGGGUGAUUUGUUAUAUGGCAGUAGAUACAUAAUACAUUCACCAAAGCAAAUUAAAAUUAGUACAAGUCCAGUCAGGUAACUAAAGUAUCCUAAGGGACGUCAGGUAGAUUUGGGAAAUCAACAAGGGAUUGGACCUCAGACUUAGCACAUCAUUGCAGACAAGGAAACCCUAAGCAGGGAAGCCCAAGGGCCCUCAAUGGAGUGCACUCUGAGUCAGUGAGAGGUCCCUGCUAAAUUUCCUUAGAGCAUCCAUGACUGUCAAAACUAGUGUAGAAGAUGACUACAUUCAAAGCUGAGUUUAUUAAACUUAGCAAGGGAGGGCACUACCUAGAUAGAAUCCCAUAGUAUCUUAAAAGGGAGUUAUGGAAAGAUACUUACAGAAUUCAGGGAGCUGGGUUGGUCCUAGGGUAGUUAUAGGGCAGAGGUUAAUCAGUGGAUCUGGACAGCCAUUAGAAUGUGUAAAGUAGGUUAGUUGCUGGGACAGUCAGAAUUUAGAAUAUAUGAGACCAUAUUGAACCCCAAUUAUUGUAGUCUUCUGUUGGAACAUUUGGGUCUGAAUGAGCUUGUGUCUCAGCUCAUUCUUAAGCUUUAAGCUUGAACUUAAAUAAUUUAUUGUGUUUCAUGGUUUAAUACACUUUUUCUGUUUUUGAGUCCUAGUAUAGGUUUUCAUGUGUUUUUUUAUAUUUCCCAGUGGAGAGCCACCCAGUGAUUCUCAGCAAGAAGUAACAGGGACACCCGCUAGGAGUUUAUUGCAAGAGAUCACCAGAUAUGUAUUGAGACUUCUGCUUCCAGUCAUGAUGGAAUAACAAGGACUAGACUUAACAGCACCAGACUGAUCCCUGAGAGAAGGGAAACAAAUGAGCUAAAAAGAAAAAGCAACUGAAGAGGCAAUGAUUAUUAAAUGCAACAUAUAAUCCUGAAUGAACUCUAACAAGAGAGGAGAAAAGGCUCAAAAGGACAUUACUGGUACAUUGAAAAGAUUGGAAUAUCCGUGUUAAAUUUCUUGAACUUGAUAACUGCACUCAAGGUGGUUACAAAAGUGAAUAUCCUUGUUCUUAGGAAAUGUACAUAGAAACUGUAUUUAGUGCUCAAGGAGCAUGACGUAUGCAACUUACACUCAGGUGUUGAGCAGUAUAUCAGUCAGACAGAUGAUAGAUGGAUGUGUGGAUGGACAGAUGGAUAGAUGGAUGAUAGAUUGAAUGAUAUUGAAAAUGUGGCAAAAUGUUAAAAUAAGUGAAUCUGGGUAUCUGGGGGGAUGGGGGUAGGCUGGAGUCUCCUGUAUGGAGAUGGCAUUAUGCUUGAAACUGUGCUAUAAGCUUAAAAUAUUUCAAAAUAAAAGCUUUUUAAAAUGCUUUAGAAAGUAUAGAUUUAAGUGUUUAUGCUAAAAAUAGUAAAAACAUCAGAAAUCAAUGAUAAGAUCUUAUGGAGCUAGGAAAGAUAAACAAAUGAAACUUUAAGUAGAAUACAGAAAUAAUAAGCCCAAAUGAUAUGAAAGACAAAAAAUAUAAUUAAUGAAAUCAGAGGCUUUUUUUGAUAAGUAAAUAAAAUUGAUAAAUCUGUAGCUACACUAAACAAGAGAAAACGAGGAGGCAGAGCAGAACAUCCAAGAACUGUGGGACAAUUUCACAAGGUGUUAACAAGUGCGUAAUUGAAAUUCCAGGAGAAGAAAGUGAGAAUGGAACAGAAGUAUUUGAAGUAAAUGGCUGAAAACUUUCCAAAAUUAAUGACAGACACCAAACUACAGAUCAGGAAGCUCAGAAAACACCAAGUAGGAUAAAUACAACAAACAAACAAAGCCCCCCAGACCCAAAAAAAUCCUACACCCAGGCAUAUGAUACUCAAACUGCAGGAAACAAAAUCUUGAAAGAAGCCUGAGGGAUGGCAGGAGGUGUGUGAAACUAGUUUACAUAUAAAGGAGCAAGGAUAAGAAUUACUGCCGUCUUCUCAUCAGAAACUAAGCAAGCAAGAAGAGAGUACAGUGAGAUAUUUUAAAUGUUGAAAGAAGAAACCCACCAACUUAAAAUUCUGUAUUUAGCAAAAUUAUCCUUCAAAUAUGAAAGUGAAAUAAAGACUUGCCUAGGCAAACAAAAACUGAGGUAAUUUAUCACCUGUAGACCUGCCCUAUUCAGGGAGAAGGAAAAUGAGAUAGGUCAGAAACUUGGUUCUACAUAAACAAAGGAAGAGUAAUAGAGAAGGGAUAACUGAAGGGAAAAGAAAAUCUUCUAUUUUUCUUAUCCUUAACUGAUCUAAAAGAUAGAAUCUGUUUGAAGUAAUAUAGUAGCUGUGCAUUGGGUGAUUAUAGCGUAAGUGAAAUCAUUGCUGGCUGUGCUAUAAGGACAGGAGGGAAAAUUUGGGAGUACUCUAAGAUAACUACACUACAUAAAAAGUUGUAUAAUGUUAUUUGGUGGCUAAAAAUGUAUACUCCAGGGCCACGACCAAAUUUUUAAAAUAAGUAUAAUUAAUAUGUGAAGAGAGAAGCCAAAAUGGAAUUAUAUAAAAUGCCAGUGAAAACCAGAGAAGACAGAACAGAAGGAAAAAAGAAACAACAAAUGCAAUGAACAGAAAACAGUUACAAACAUGGUCGCUAUUAAUCCAGUUAUAUUGGUAAUCUCUAAAAAUGUGAACGGUUUAAAUGUGCCAGUUGCAAUAAAGAAUCUGAUUCCGUUU